CCCGCCCCCUCCACCGUCAACAACUGGAUUCCAGCUAUUUGUAUUUUCGUCUAGCUAGCACUGCUAGCCUGCUAGCGAUGAUUCAUUGCGUUCGUAGAAAAACGAGCGACCCAAUUUGAAUGGACGUGUAUUCAUUUUUGUUUGCUUGAAAAACACUCCAUCGAUACCGUGUGCCUAUGUGCAGCCAAUGCCAGCAAAAGGACCGACGAGAGCGGAGAGAUCGCCCUGCUUACCGUCCUUUAGCCGCCUCUGAAAGCAGCUAACACAGCUAACACCUUACGGUAGCUGGCUGACAGCUGGUUCGUUCAGCUACGUGCCUUGUAACAGUAACGUAGCUAAGAUUUACUCCCUGAAACAAUGAGUCGUCUCUGACAUUGAGAGGACUGAGGCCCAGUUGGUUGUCACAUUGGAGUAACCAGAGCCCAUAACUAGUAAGGUGGGUCUGCGGUGCUGCCAUCGAAGAUAAACGGGUGAGCCGUCAGUCAACUUGCCGAUGCACACCUGGUUUUGACCUGCGAGAGCUGCCAAUAUGAUGCCGAUGAUAUUGACGGUGUACCUCAGUGAUGGGGAACAGGCCGUGACUGAGGUGCCAAUCACUCCUGAGACGACGUGCCGGGAUGUUGUCGAGUUCUGCAAAGAGCCUGGCGAGAGCGGCUGCCACCUGGCCGAGGUCUGGAGAGGCAACGAGCGAGCGAUUCCCUUUGAACACAUGAUGUAUGAACAUCUGCAGAAAUGGGGGCCUCGGAAACAAGAAGUCAAAUUCUUCCUCCGGCAUGAAGAUUCACCAACUGAAAGCAGUGAUCAAGGGAGUCAGCAGUCUCAGGAUCAGACGAGUCGCAGAAGUGGAAACACUGGAGAGAAGCACAAUGAGAAUGGGGUGGGGAACCAGCGUGUGGAGCUCACUCUGUCAGAGCUGCAGGAGAUGGCUACGCGGCAGCAGCAACAAAUCGAGGCUCAGCAGCAGAUGCUUGUUGCAAAGGAGCAACGUUUGCGUUACCUGAAGCAGCAGGAGCGUCGUCAGCAGCAAACCGUUUCAGAGAGCGAGAAGCUGCAGAGGCUGAAGGAUCGUGUGGAGAACCAGGAGGCAAAGCUCAAGAAGAUUCGGGCAAUGAGAGGCCAGGUUGACUACAGCAAGGUCAUCAAUGGCAACCUGUCUGCAGAAAUUGAGCAAGUCAGCAGCCUGUUCCAAGAGAAGCAGGCUGAGCUACAGUCUGCUGUGCUGAGGGUGGAGCAGCUCAGCCUCCAGCUGGAGGACUUGCGGAGGGGGAAGCUCAACGGCAUACAGACUGCCCUGGGUGGCCAAGUAACCGGUGCUGCAGCCCUAGAGCUCCGUAAACUCUACCAGGAGCUUCAGAUCCGCAACAAGUUGAACCAGGAGCAAAACAGCAAGCUGCAGCAACAGAAGGAACUUCUCAACAAACGCAACAUGGAAGUGACACUCAUGGACAAGCGCAUCAGCGAUCUGAGGGAACGCCUCUACAAGAAAAAAGCUGAGGCACGUCAAAAAGAGAACCUUCCUGUAAGACUGAACAGAGCAAACGGGCCUCCCUCUCCCCAGCCAGCUCCUGGUACUCUGGGCCGUGUCGCUGCUGUCGGGCCGUACAUCCAAGUCCCCGUACCGGGCCGACAGGAAGGAGGCUACACCAUACCACCUGAUCCACUGAAACCUCAGACUCUGGGCGUUAAUAACCAAGCCAACCACGGGCGCACCAAGUCAGACGGUGUGCGAAAGCCUCCUGGCCCUUGGAAAGUGUCUGAUUUAGACAUCGUUGUGGACCCGGUACCCCCGCCCCUUCCAGAAUCACACCCGAGCACCGGAGCCUCCACUGGCUCUGACGGCACGUCCCCUAAUGAUACUGGUUGGCCUACUGUGGGCAAGACCAACACAACCCUAAAGCCUCCUGAGAGACGAGACUCAGGGACUGAUAACCAGGGCAAGAGCCCUCCCUCAGGCUCCCCCGGUGCUCCAAGUGCAGAAAAGGUGCUAGAAUCCAAAAUGGCUGUGUCCUCCCCUGCCAUAUCCAAGCCCCAGCCGCCUCCCUAUGGCUCCCACCUCAUCUCUGCAAACUCAGCCACCACCUUGGAUCGCCGCAAGGACGCACCACCUCCUCCUCGCCCGCUCCCAAACCCACCAGCUCUGGCUUGGCCCCGCGUCCCCCCCUCCACAGGCUCAUCCUCCCAGCAGAUCCAGCAGCGCAUCUCAGUGCCACCAAGCCCCACCUUCCAGCCCAACGCACCGCUUUUCCCCCCUGGGCUGAGCGAGCGACUGGAUCCUCCGCCAGCUGUUGCAGUUCGCCCCUUUAUUCCAGACAGAGGAUCGCGGCCUCAGUCGCCCCGAAAGGGCCCACCUACCAUGAACUCCAGCUCAAUCUAUCACAUGUACCUCCAGCAGGCAGCGCCAAAGAGCCAGCCACUCAAGCCUGCUCUCAAAGCAGUAUAUGGGAAGCCUGUUUUCCCCCCCAGCUCGACACCUCCCUCGCCCCUACCUUUUGUUCAGGCUGGAGGAGCCUUCCCAUUGCUCCAAGGCCAGCCCAGUGGCGAGGAUACUUUUGAUGGAGAAUUUGAUGAUCACGAUUGCUUCCAGCACCCGGAGCCCUUAGCGCCACCUCCCAGUGUGGAGAACAUCCCACGACCACUCAGCCCUACUAAGCUAACACCCAUGGUACACUCCCCGCUGCGCUACCAAAGUGACGCCGAUCUCGAGGUGCUCCGUAAAAAGCUAGCCAACGCUCCGAGACCGCUCAAGAAGCGCAGCUCCAUCACAGAACCCGAGGGUCCCAGCGGACCCAACAUCCAGAAACUGCUCUACCAGAGAUUCAACACUCUAGCAGGAGGCAUAGAGGGAAAUGGAGUCAGUGGAUCAGGAGGUGGCAACAGUGCAGGUAACGGAACACCAUUUUAUCAGCCAGCUAAUCCUCCUGGUUAUCUGGGAGACGACUCUGUGGCGGAUACAGACAAUGGCAACAUCCCCUCUGAGACGCAGCUACUGCCGCCACCAGGGGUGGAGGAUCCGGGCUCAGAGGCUCCACCUCCAUCCACUGACGCCAAUGACAAUGAGCCACUGCCCUCGCCACCAGAAGGGCUGGGGGAUCCUGCUGAAGCAGAGGAACCGGAGGACGACGACAACAACAACAACGUGGGAGGUUCUGAGGCGUCGCUGCCCAGUCCCGUGCUGGAGGUCACCACUCCAGAAGAGAGUGACACGGCGCUCUCACAGCCCCUGGAGAAGCGCACAAACCUGAAGAAGCCAAACUCAGAGCGCACUGGCCACGGCUUCAGGGUUAAGUUCAACCCUCUGGCUCUCCUGCUGGACGCCUCUUUGGAGGGAGAGUUUGACCUCGUCCAGAGGAUUAUCUAUGAGGUAUGUCAAGACUAUGUGGAGAAUCCUAGCACUCCCAAUGAUGAGGGCAUCACACCCCUGCACAACGCAGUGUGUGCGGGGCAUCACCACAUAGUGAAGUUCUUGCUGGAUUUUGGUGUGAACGUCAACGCUGCAGACAGUGAUGGAUGGACUCCGCUUCACUGUGCCGCCUCCUGCAACAGUGUCCAUCUCUGCAAGUUGCUCGUUGAGUCAGGGGCCGCGAUCUUUGCCAGCACCAUCAGUGACGUGGAGACUGCUGCAGAUAAAUGCGAGGAAAUGGAGGAGGGCUACAUCCAGUGUUCCCAGUUUCUAUAUGGUGUUCAGGAGAAGUUGGGUGUAAUGAACAAGGGGACGGUGUACGCUCUGUGGGAUUAUAAAGCUCAGAACCAGGACGAGCUGGUGUUCAGCGAGGGGGACGCCAUCACUAUUCUGCGACGACAGGAUGACAGUGAGACAGAGUGGUGGUGGGCACGACUCGAGGACAAAGAGGGCUACGUGCCCCGCAACCUGCUGGGGCUCUAUCCAAGGAUCAAGCCUCGUCAGCGUUCCCUGGCGUAGUUUCUCACUCCACUGACCUCUGGCUAACAGCUGGACUAGUGACAAAACCAAGAGCAGAGAACAAAAGAGCCUGGUGCUCGGUCUUCUUCCCGUGGCCAUAACCUCCCCCCCGGCCUUGUGCUUCUCACAAAAUCCUUUACUCUGAAGCCGUGGGCAUCGAACUUUGACACACAUAUUCACAUCUGCACACACACACACAAACACACACAACGAAACACAAGCACUCCAAAUAGAAAAUCUCUAAUACCACUCCAUCCUGACACCCCCCCCCGCCGCCUCCACAUACACACCAUUCAACCUAUUGAUCUGUCAAUUUCCCAAGUUGAUUUUUCCCCAACUCAGUGUCAGCUCUGUAUAAGACAUCAACUUGAAGAAUAAAACACUAACCCAUGACUCAAUAUGUCAUUCAUUACAUAUUUGUUCACUCUUCUUCAGCCAUCUCCAUCUCCCUAAUGCGUUAUAUGGUGACACUUGGUUUACAUGACACUUUUUGAUGACUGGAAAAAUAAUCUCUAAUGAUGAGAAGUUGCUGAUAUUUGUCAGUGAAAUGUAAUUUGAGUUAUAACACAUUGCGUGUUUUUUGUAUUAUUCCAAUUUGCCCCUUGCACGAAAAAAAAUCUCUUAACACAGAAAACUGUUUGAUUUUUCUGUAGUCUAACCACCAAAGAUAAAAGAUAAAUAUAGAUUUAACAGUUUUAAUUCUGUUUAAAUCCCCCCCCCCCAGGAAUUUGCAGAAUUGUUGUGGAGUGAGAUAAUCAAUUGAUUUGCUGCUAUCAAUAAAAAAACAGUUCCUAGGAGUUGAUCAAAAGUCCCUGUAGAUAGAAAAUGGAUUGGGGGGGAAAAUAGAAAAUGCAAGUCCUCAGUAUUAACUACAGUCAGAACAAAUCCAACUUAUUAAAGCUGAAGAUGAAUAUUUAUUGACAGCUCACAAAUUGUCACGAAUCACAUUUCAUGAACAUCAUCGCAAGAAUGUGUUUUUCAUUCAGUGUCAUCUGUGCAGAAUGUGGACCAGAAUGUGUAGCUUCAGACCAUAAACCACGAGACUUCAACAUGUAUCAGUGUAUCACAGUUUGUAUUAUUUGGUCGUCUGAUUAUCCCUAAAAGGAACUGCUCAUAUGCUGCAAAAUAUAUUGUCAUGAAAAUGGGAAACAAACAGUAUUUUUCUUUACCACAAAAGGUAACCAAAUUGAGAAGCUGUCUCUAUAGAGUGUGUGUAAAGGUCACAAAUGAUAUUUUACCUUAAGGUAUUGCAGGAAGUGUUUUAUAACAUUUAAUACCACUGUGGUGAGGCAGACAAGAAUCAGCUUCAGAGACACAAGGAUGUGUGAGAUUGUAUCAGUUUAACUAUUUUCUUUCAUAUUGAUUAACAUUCUGUCUUUUUUUUAAUAUGUCGUACCUCAGUUCAGAGAUCCAUAGUUUUUCUGACUUUUGGUACCUGAUGAUAAGAUUUUUUGCUUUUGUUACAGUUAAACUUGACAACCUGACAAAUAUGAAAUGGAGAACUCUCAUAUAUUUAAUUGAAUCCAGACACUGCACAUCAAAAACACUGAAAUGAUCACAGAUGCCAUCUAAAGGAUUUUGUUUACCCCAUUAGACAAAGUUAACACUCAAUCUCUUUUGUUCUUUUCUACAGGCUGCUAAGUAGGUCUCUGGUCGUCGAACGCUGCAGUUAUUUUUCGUUGGCUGUGUUUAACUCCACUUGAAACACUUAAUCUCAGGACCAACACGGUGCUGCUGACACUGUUCCACCACUAAACUAGUGAUCAUAGUUCUAUUUUCACUCUCAACAGAUAUCACCUUCAUUUGAGCACCGAACCAAACUAAAGACAGGCAGUCCAAAUUAAUAAUAAUUUUAAAAAAAACAACAACCAUGGGCAUCAAUUGAUAGAUGAAGAGACAGUUAUUGUGUCUGAAAAGUAAAUGUUCAGGUUCAGACUUCAUUUUGCUUCAGACAAUCCUAAAUUUGCCCAGUUCUCUUCCUCCAGCUGCCCCCUUUCAGGUAAACACCAUUACAGUAACACUAAUACGUGUGCCGUCAGUCACAUUUCUGAUCUGGAGUCCAUCAACUUGUUCUGAACCUUGAGUGACUGAGUGUUAUGCCAAGUGUGCUAGUGGCCCAGGCUUUAUCAUGGCUUAACUUGUACAUAGUGUGAGGAGAUCUGUUAUAUGUUUGCUGUAUGGACAAGUGAGCUUUCUGUAUACUCACACAUUCAAUUCUGUAAAUGUCAACAAUAAAACCGAAGCUCUGGCAUGA